AUGAGUGAUGCCCCGAGAUUCUUUGUUGGGCCUGAAGAUACAGAAAUAAACCCUGGAAAUUAUCGACAUUUUUUCCACCAUGCAGAUGAAGAUGAAGAGGAGGAGGAUGAAUCUCCACCAGAAAGGCAGAUUGUGGUUGGAAUAUGUUCCAUGGCAAAGAAAUCCAAAUCCAAACCAAUGAAGGAAAUUCUUGAACGGAUCUCCUUAUUUAAAUAUAUUACAGUAGUAGUAUUUGAAGAGGAAGUUAUUUUGAAUGAACCAGUAGAAAACUGGCCUUUAUGUGAUUGUCUUAUUUCUUUCCAUUCUAAAGGAUUUCCACUGGACAAAGCAGUUGCCUAUGCAAAACUCAGGAAUCCAUUUGUAAUCAAUGACUUGAAUAUGCAGUAUCUCAUACAAGAUAGGAGAGAAGUAUAUAGUAUUCUUCAAGCUGAAGGUAUUUUACUUCCUCGUUAUGCAAUUUUGAACCGUGACCCAAAUAAUCCCAAAGAAUGCAGUCUGAUUGAAGGAGAAGAUCAUGUAGAAGUAAAUGGGGAAGUUUUCCAAAAGCCAUUUGUAGAAAAGCCUGUUAGUGCAGAAGAUCACAAUGUUUACAUUUAUUAUCCAACAUCAGCUGGUGGUGGAAGUCAGAGACUCUUUAGAAAGAUUGGCAGUAGAAGUAGUGUUUAUUCCCCAGAAAGCAAUGUACGAAAAACAGGCUCAUAUAUAUAUGAAGAGUUUAUGCCCACAGAUGGUACUGAUGUUAAGGUUUAUACAGUAGGUCCAGAUUAUGCCCAUGCUGAAGCUCGAAAAUCUCCAGCACUUGAUGGCAAAGUAGAGCGAGAUAGUGAAGGAAAAGAAGUAAGGUACCCUGUUAUUCUCAAUGCACGAGAGAAAUUAAUUGCUUGGAAAGUCUGCCUUGCUUUUAAGCAAACUGUUUGUGGCUUUGAUUUGUUACGGGCCAAUGGACAGUCCUAUGUCUGUGAUGUCAAUGGCUUCAGUUUUGUGAAAAAUUCCAUGAAGUAUUAUGAUGAUUGUGCAAAAAUACUUGGAAAUAUUGUAAUGCGAGAGCUUGCUCCACAGUUUCACAUCCCCUGGUCGAUACCCUUAGAAGCUGAAGAUAUCCCAAUUGUACCAACUACAUCUGGAACUAUGAUGGAACUUAGAUGUGUCAUAGCUGUUAUACGUCAUGGGGAUCGAACACCAAAGCAAAAAAUGAAAAUGGAAGUGAGACAUCAAAAAUUUUUUGAUCUUUUUGAAAAGUGUGAUGGAUAUAAAUCAGGGAAAUUAAAACUUAAAAAGCCAAAACAAUUACAGGAAGUGCUGGAUAUUGCACGGCAGCUUCUUAUGGAGCUGGGACAAAAUAAUGAUUCUGAAAUUGAAGAAAACAAGCCAAAACUUGAACAACUUAAGACCGUAUUAGAGAUGUAUGGCCAUUUUUCUGGAAUAAAUCGUAAGGUUCAGUUGACCUAUCUCCCUCAUGGGUGUCCUAAAACAUCUAGUGAAGAGGAAGAUAGCCGGAGAGAAGAACCAUCCUUACUUUUGGUUCUAAAAUGGGGAGGAGAAUUAACUCCUGCAGGCAGGGUCCAGGCUGAAGAACUUGGAAGAGCUUUCAGGUGUAUGUAUCCUGGAGGUCAAGGAGAUUAUGCAGGAUUUCCUGGUUGUGGUUUACUUAGAUUACAUAGCACCUACAGACAUGACCUCAAAAUAUAUGCCUCUGAUGAAGGACGGGUCCAGAUGACUGCAGCUGCUUUUGCAAAGGGGCUAUUAGCUCUAGAAGGAGAGCUUACACCCAUUCUUGUUCAGAUGGUGAAAAGUGCAAAUAUGAAUGGUCUUUUGGAUAGUGACAGUGACUCUCUGAGCAGUUGUCAGCAACGUGUGAAAGCAAGGCUUCAUGAAAUACUUCAGAAAGACAGAGAUUUUACUGCUGAAGAUUAUGAAAAGCUUACUCCAUCUGGAAGCAUUUCUGUUAUCAAAUCAAUGCAUUUAAUUAAAAAUCCUGUAAAGACCUGUGAUAAAGUUUAUUCCUUGAUUCAAAGUUUGACUUCUCAAAUCAGACAUCGAAUGGAAGAUCCCAAAUCAUCAGAUAUUCAGCUUUACCAUAGUGAAACAUUGGAGCUUAUGCUACGUAGAUGGUCCAAGUUGGAGAAAGACUUUAAAACGAAGAAUGGAAGAUAUGAUAUUAGUAAAAUUCCUGACAUAUAUGACUGUAUAAAAUAUGAUGUCCAGCAUAAUGGUUCCUUGAAAUUAGAAAACACAAUGGAGUUAUAUAGGCUUUCGAAGGCAUUAGCAGAUAUCGUUAUCCCUCAGGAAUAUGGUAUAACUAAAGCUGAAAAACUGGAGAUUGCCAAAGGCUACUGUACUCCUCUAGUUAGAAAAAUUCGCUCAGACCUUCAGAGGACACAAGAUGAUGACACUGUAAAUAAACUCCAUCCUGUGUAUUCCAGAGGUGUUUUGUCUCCUGAACGUCAUGUCCGCACUAGAUUAUAUUUUACUAGUGAAAGUCAUGUACAUUCUUUACUAUCCAUUCUUCGCUAUGGUGCCUUAUGCAAUGAAUCAAAAGAUGAACAGUGGAAACGAGCUAUGGAUUAUUUAACUGUAGUCAGUGAACUCAACUACAUGACACAGAUUGUUAUCAUGCUUUAUGAGGAUCCUAACAAGGAUCUUUCCUCAGAGGAACGCUUUCAUGUUGAAUUACACUUUAGCCCAGGAGCAAAAGGCUGUGAAGAAGACAAAAAUUUACCAUCUGGCUAUGGAUAUAGACCAGCUUCCAGAGAGAGUGAAGGCAGGAGAGCUUUUAAAGUGGAUAAUGAUGAUGAGCCACAUGCUUCUAAAAAAGAUGAGGUCGAUAGGGCUGUGAUAUUGUUUAAACCAUUGGUAUCAGAGCCGAUUCAUAUACACAGAAAGUCUCCACUUCCAAGAUCUAGGAAGAUGGCUACAAAUGAGGAAGAGAGCCCCCUGAGUGUAUCUAGCCCAGAGGGUACUGGUACCUGGCUGCAUUAUACCAGUGGUGUGGGUACUGGGCGUCGAAGACGCAGAUCAGGGGAACAAAUCACUUCUUCCCCUGUCUCCCCCAAAUCAUUGGCUUUCACAUCCAGUAUUUUUGGCUCAUGGCAACAGGUUGUAUCUGAAAAUGCUAAUUACCUGAGAACACCAAGAACGCUAGUGGAACAGAAGCAGAAUCCUACUGUAGGGUCUCACUGUGCGGGCCUGUUUAGCACCUCGGUGCUCGGGGGUUCAUCAAGCGCACCUAACCUACAGGAUUAUGCUCGUACUCAUCGUAAAAAGCUGACCUCUUCUGGCUGCAUAGAUGACGCCACACGCGGUUCUGCUGUAAAAAGGUUUUCUAUCUCAUUUGCUCGACACCCAACCAAUGGUUUUGAACUAUAUUCCAUGGUGCCAUCUAUUUGUCCUCUGGAAACUCUUCAUAAUGCCCUGUCUUUAAAGCAAGUGGAUGAAUUUCUUGCUUCCAUUGCAUCUCCAUCUAGUGACAUUCCACGGAAGACUCCUGAAAUUUCCUCCACAGUUUCACGUUCCAGUCCAGCAAUGAGAAGAAAAGUAUCUUUAAAUACAUACACACCUGCAAAGAUCCUCCCAACACCACCAGCUACCUUAAAGAGUACUAAAGCAAGCAGCAAACCAGCUACAAGUGGACCUUCUAGUGCAGUUGUUCCUAAUACCUCAUCUCGGAAAAAGAAUACACCUAGCAAAACAGAAAUACAUGAACACAAAAAAAACAGUGGGAAAAAGAAAUGA